UAGUAAACAUCAGUGAGGUGUCUUUUCUACUGCUGAAAAUAGAUGUCGGCAGGAAAAAUGACUGAUGUAAGAGGUGACUCCAUGGCCUCUCCGCAGAGCCAGUACUCUAAUGGGUCGGUUUUACUGAACUCAGAAUUUAGAGAGCCUGACUCACUGGGACAGAGUAGAGCUUCCAAACUGAAGUCUACAAGAUUCAACAUGAGCUCUAUUUCUUAUCCUGAGAUGGAAUCUGCUCAGAGUAAGAAACAAUUCCCUGUCCCAGAGCCGAUUUCUCUGCAAGCACGACUCCGAGACAGACUAUAUGAUAAGCCUGAGACUUCUGGAGUGGUUCAGUAUGUGAAAAUGCAGUCUGUGAGGAAACGACCAGCCUCAGGCGGAGAUGACCUGACAGGACUUCCUAAUACUCUUAAAAGAAGCACAGUACUAGAACCUUUGCCAACUUCUUUGCCAAGGAAAACGGCUGGAGCACAUCAAGACAUGUCAAAAUCAUCUGCCAAAUGGACUGCACAGGAGACUUCAAUUUUGCAGAACAUAAUCAACAGAAAACGCCCUGGUUUGUUAGCUCCUUUAGAAACACCGCGGGAUCUUAGCAGUUCCACUGGUGAAGCUUCAGAGUUUGAUGAACUAGACUAUGAGGAAGGGCUCAAAAUGCAAGAAGUAGAUAUGAUGGAGGAGCUGUUCUCCCCCAGAAUGUCUUAUGAAACAGGAAGUCCGUCUAAGACAGAGGCAAGCAGUGUGCUGAAACGAGGCACAGACACGAGUAUGCUGAAAUCUCGGAAUGUCACCUCCACAAGCCGACUGACUCGCACAGACUUAGAAGAGGACUUGGAUCUAGAGCUGGACCUCGAUGGCAAUGAGUUCAAUGAGGUCAAGGGGGACAAGGACUUUGAGGCGAUGAAAGAGAAACGAGCUGCUUCAGAGACGCUCGCUGCAGCGAAACAGAUUCAGAUUGUGAUUAACCAGCAUGACUUACCGGCAAAGCUUCCAGACAGAUCAAAGAGUGCUGGAGUGGAUACCAAGCGUUCGUUUGAUUCCAAAAAAACCAAGAUGACGACAAAGUCUCAGUCAACGUCUUAUGUAUCUUCCAAGCCAGACCCUUCCAAAAUGCUGUCAUAUCUGAAACGGAAUAAAUAUGAUGACAAAGUCCCAGAAAACACCAAUGUUCUGGAAACGCUGAUUGAAAUGCGCACAUCUUUGGGAUGGGUCCUUGACAUUCCCCGACACGGACCUGAUACAAGGGAGAAAAUGGAAAAGUUAUCAGAUAUUCCUGAAGAUGAGAAAGAGGCUGCAAAAGCCAAAGAAGACAAUGGCGAGUUCUUCUACUGCCUUCCCCGCAAUCGCAACAAUCUUCGAGCCCGCUACAAUCCGUAUGACCUUCAGAUCGUGUCUCCCAACACCGCCAGGUCGAAACCCAUGUACUUCUCUGUCAGUGCCUCGUACAUCACAAUGUGUUAUGAGGAUGAGAGCAAGAUGAAUGAAUCCAAUGCAACACCUGCUCUCUGGUGGCUGUGGGAGAGGAGACUCUUCUACAUGGUCUUUCAUUUCCCAGUGUUUGUGAAAUUCAGACUCUGGAAGGCUUUCAAGAACUGGAAAAAAGCCAUUCAUCGACAGAAGAAUAAAGGCAGUCAGGUGAAGCUGUACAAGUCUCUAUUCAUAGCCAAUGAGGUUCUGCAGGGCUGCCUUGUCCACGUCAGGAGCUUGUGUGAGAGUGCGCGCAGCGUCUUCAAGGAUGGAGACACCAGCAGCAUCAUCGCCUUGGUUGACCUUGACCCAGUGGCAACCUUGACCCUGCAAGAGUUUGAGGGUCGCCAGAAGAACAGGUGCGAUCGUGCCCUGCAUCAGCUGAAUACUCUGAGGGAAAAGAUCAUUGAGAUUGUCUGGGAAUCGUGCGCUACUGUGGCAGAGAUGGAAGGCAUCACCCAGGGCAUCCGGGAGGAAGGUGACCGCAAGGUGCUUGUGAAGUCUGCGGCUGUUAAGGCUGCCUUAGCUGCCAGUCAGCAAAACCGCCUCAAGAUUCGACAAACCUUUGGUGAUGGGAACCUGACCAAGAAAGAAGAAGAGGAGAAAAAGAACAAACCUCUGUAUGCUGAAAUUGCUGAGUGGCGUAAGAUCUUGUCCCGGCUGUCCUGCUUCUUGCGCUGUGUGGAUUACAUUCUGCAAGAUCUGCUGCGCCAUCUAGUGUUUUCAGCUGCUCAGAAUCUGCUUGAUCACCUGGUCACAUCAUACCAUGCUCAGGAUGAUGAAGAUUCCGAGGAUGAGGAUGAUGAAGAUAGCGAUGAUGAGAAAGGUUCUUCCACUUCACGAACAACACCCAUGGCUUCUUCGUCAAGAUUUUGGAAGAGAUCAAACGCAGAGAUGUGGUGGAGGAAGUGAUCAACCCAGUGUUCACCAUAAACCUUGUGCUCAACGUUCCUUCAGGCUCGUCCAAGUCUUCCAGGUCCAAGACGCCUGAGGGCGGAGGUCGCAAAGGGAAAGGUCGGGUCAAGUGGGCCCUCCCAGGUGACCAAGGAGAAGGUGGAGACAAGCAGAAAGGCGUUUCGUUCCAAGAUGAAGAAUCAAGCUCUGAGUCUGAGUAUGACAGUGAGUACGAGAGUGGCGACUCUUCUGAUUCCGACGGCUCCCGGGACCGCUCUAUGGACUCCGGGGUUCAGCCAGACCAGUAUGCCUAUCCUGAGACCACCAAGGAGGAUACCCAUCUUCCCCGCAAAGCCGUGGUCAGUCUUUCGCCAUGUGCUUCAGAAUUCCAAGCCAGCAUUCAGUCCAUGAUCUGCUACUUUGAGGACACAGUCAUUCAGGUGGUGCCGAUGCUGAGAGAACCCAAGCUGGCCGUCUUCUACUCUCCUCCCAGGCACGACCUAAAACUCAAGUUUGAUGAGGAACAGGACGAGGAACGGAGAGAGAUGAUGAAUGAGUGGCCUGACCUUGACCUGAUUCUCCGAGAUGAUCCGGCCUAUCAGAGACUUCUCUCUGGCAUGCUCAGCUACAUGGACAUGGAGAUGGAGCUACUGGAGCAGUACGCCACGAACUAUGACACAUUCUGCCAGAUGGUAGACCAGUCAAAGAAAAUGCAUGUGGAGGAUUCCCUCAACAAAAAGCCAUGGUCCACUGAUGAGUUCAAUCAAGUGCUGGCUACACACUCAGAGAUGAUUCGUCGCAUGAACAAGAUGAAUACCUCACAUCGGGUUGCUAUGGUUCAAGUUCAAGCGGACAACUUCAGGGGCUCCUGUCUGCCAUUCCCUCAAGCAGUCGUGAAUGCUGUCAACAAAUUCCUCCCCAUCAUAGCUAACAAACAUAACGAUGACCUCAUCACCAUUAUCAAGGGAGCGUCUAAGAGGCUUGACAAAACAAUCUUGAAAGUGGAAGAAUUUGUGGAGCACCUGAGUUUCCUGGGUCGCAUGUCGACUGAACUACCAGCCCUGGAGAAGGAGUACAAUGUGGUCAACAAGAUGUUCACAAUAGCCAAGGAUUACAACAUUGAUAUCAUGCCUGAAGACAUGGCCUUGUACCAGACUCUUUCUCCGAGCUUUCAGCAUCUCAAGUCUACCAUCUUGUACUGUGAAGCCAAAAAGGACGACAACAUCCGGAAGUUCUCCUCUCAGCUGGAUACCCUCAUUAGCGACAUCCGCUCCACACUGAUGGACCUCAAGUCACGAGUGCAGGACCCAGAACUACUACACACUGACACGCACGCACUGUCUGCUCUGGAGACUGUGAGGCUGCUGCAAGAAGAAGUGCAAACCUUGUCUGUGAAGGCACGCAGUUAUGCCAGCUAUCAGGAUAGAUUUGGGUCCUCUCUGUCCAAGCAGAAAAGGGGCUACUAUGGAGAAGUGGUGUCCUCAGACAAAAAGUCGGAGAACAAUGUGCAGGAAAUCCAGACAGACCUCAGUGAAAUAGAGCGUGAUUUGACCUUGCGUGGCCUUCUCUGGCAGUCUUUGGAAGAAUGGGGCAAGCUGGUGGAGGACUGGACCACAACAUCAUUUGACUCCAUUAAUGUAGAAGGCCUCCAGAAAAAUGUCAACAAAUUCACUCAGACAGUCUACAUGCUGGAGAAAGGACUUCCUCACAAUGAGGUGGUGCCUCGACUGAAGGAGAAGGUGAUGGACUUCAAGCAGGGCAUGCCCGUCAUCACGUCUCUGAGGAACCCUAGCCUGAGGCAGAGGCACUGGGAGGAGAUUCAGAGAAUCAUCAACAAGACCAUCAGCCGCGACAAAACCUUCACUUUGGGCAACUUGCUGGAGAUGAAUAUCUUCAAGCACAAGGAGAAGAUCCAGGAGAUUGCCACCACUGCAAGCAAUGAAGCCACCCUGGAGCAAAUGUUGCAAAAGGUGAUAGACUUGUGGCUGAGCACUGACUUCCGCCUGGUGCCCCACGUUGGCCGUGACACCCUGGUCAUCUACGGCGCUGAUGACAUCAUGGCUCAGCUGGAGGAGAGCCAGGUCACUGUUGGAACCAUACGAGGCUCACGAUAUGUCACGCCUAUAAAGGCCCAGGUGGAGGAGUGGGAGCGUAAACUGCAGGUAUUCUCACGCACCCUGGAUGAAUGGCUCAACUGUCAGAGGAACUGGCUCUACCUGGAGCAGAUCUUUAGCACCCCAGACAUACAGAGACAACUGCCAUCAGAGUACAAAUUGUUCAUGUCGGUGGACAAAGCUUGGAAAGACAUCAUGCGGAGGACGGAAGAUCGCCCCAACGCUCUCAAGUCGGCCAUCACGCCUGGCACUCUGGACACACUACAGCAGGCCAAUGCAAACCUGGAGAAAGUUCAACGUUGUCUUGAGGACUACCUAGAGACCAAGAGGUUCGUUUUCCCAAGGUUUUAUUUCCUUAGUAAUGAUGAACUUCUGGAUAUUCUGGCUCAGUCCAAAGACCCAAAUGCUGUGCAGCCUCACUUAGGGAAAUGUUUUGGGAACAUCAAGCAGUUGGACAUUCGCAUGUUGCCUCGACAACCACCAACUGUGAAAUCUAUCAUCUCUGCUGAAAAAGAAGUCAUUGCAAUGCCAAGGAAUGUUCGAGCACGUGGAGCUGUGGAGCAGUGGCUUGGCACUGUGGAGGCUGGCAUGUUUGAGACUGUGAAGAAGCACUUGAAGCUGGGGCUGUCUGACUGGCUGGCUACAGGCUUGAAGGACUGGGUCCUCAGACAUCCUGGACAAGUUGUGCUGACUGUGAUCCAAAUCAUGUUCAACAAAGACAUGACCAAAUGCUUUGAGUCAACCGAGUCGCGUGAGGCGCUGAAGCAAGCUCAGGACCGCAUCGUGGAGCUCCUCAACCAGCUGGCCAGCUUCACGUCCGCUCGACUCCAUUCCUACCAGCGCAUGAGCAUCGAGGCUCUGCUCACCAUCACUGUCCACAACCGUGACAUCCUGCUCAGCAUGAUACAGAGCAAGGUCAGGAAGGGAGAGGACUUUGAAUGGAAGAGACAACUUCGGUAUGAAUGGGAUGAGACAACCAACAACUGCCAGGUUCUACAAAGCAACGCUCACUUUCAGUACGGCUAUGAGUACCUGGGCUGCUCAACCCGGCUGGUUAUCACUCCUCUGACUGACCGCUGCUACCUGACACUGACCGGAGCCCUUCACCUUCACCUUGGGGGAUCCCCGGCGGGUCCUGCCGGGACUGGGAAAACUGAGACGGUCAAAGACUUGGCCAAGGCAAUGGGCAAACAGUGUGUUGUUUUCAACUGUUCUGAAGGCCUGGACUACAAGAUGCUGGGCAAGUUUUUCUCAGGCUUGGCUCAGUCUGGUUCCUGGUGUUGCUUUGAUGAGUUCAACCGCAUUGAUGUGGAGGUCUUGUCUGUAGUGGCUAUGCAGAUCCACACUAUCAAGACAGCAAAGGAUGCUCAGUCGUUGAGGUUCAUGUUUGAAGGACGAGACAUCAAGCUGAACCCAACCUGUGGCUAUUUCAUCACUAUGAACCCCACAUAUGCAGGAAGAGUGGAGCUGCCAGACAACUUAAAGUACUUGUUCCGACCUGUGGCCAUGAUGGUGCCGGACUACGUCCUCAUUGCCGAGAUCAUGCUGUUCUCCGAGGGCUUCACAGCGGCCCGGAUUCUGUCGCACAAGCUGGUGAACCUGUACCAACUGGCCAGCAAACAGCUGUCUCAGCAGGACCACUACGACUUUGGCAUGAGAGCCAUCAAGUCGGUCCUUGUCAUGGCUGGCCAUGGCCGCAGGGCUAUGCUGCAAAAAGAUCCACUCCGGAUCAAAGACAUCAAAGAAGAAGAUGAAGCUUACAUCCUCAUCCAUUCAUUGCGAGAUGCUAACAUGCCCAAGUUUUUGGCAGAAGAUGUUCCAUUGUUUGAGAGCAUUCUGGAUGACUUAUUCCCUGGUGUGGUGCCCCCAGAGCCAGAUCAUGGAGCCCUGGAGAAAGCCAUCAGUAUGUCUAUUCGAGACCAAAGCCUCCAGCACUGGCCCAACCAGAUCGAUAAGGUGAAGCAGCUCUACAACCAGAUCCAGGUCCGGCAUGGAGUCAUGUUGGUGGGACCCACGGGUGGUGGGAAGACCACUGUCCGUAAUGUCCUGCAAAAGGCACUGGUCAUCUUGCCCAUGAUGCACCCACAACAUGUGGAUCAGGAGCAGCAGGAAGCAGCUGCAAAAAGGCCGAGUGUAUUCUUUGCCAGCCGGGGUAAGAAAGGUCAUGUGGAGACAUUCAUUGUCAAUCCAAAGUGUGUGAAACUGGGAGAGCUGUACGGAGAAACUGACCCUAACACCUUUGAGUGGUCUGACGGGCUGAUUGCCAAUGCCACAAGGAAGUUUUCCAAGGAUCUCUCUUCUACUUUGCCUGUUGUUUCCGCUGCUGAGGAUCUCAAACCUGGGAAUGGAGCAACCACCAGCAACAGGCCUCUGUCCAACAUGACAGAUAUCUCUGUGGUCUCUCACACCACUCUGGGAACUACAAAAACAGGGACAACAAGUCAACAAGGGACUGAACUUGAAACUGCUCCUCCCUCUGCUAUGGAUUCACAUCGAGACGGAGAGAAAGAAGAAGAUGAAGAUGGCAAAGAGGGAAAUAUCACAGACUGGCGCUGGCUUGUCCUGGACGGUCCAGUGGACACACUGUGGGUGGAGAACCUCAACACUGUACUGGAUGACUCCAAGGUGCUGUGCCUGGCCAGUGGAGAGCGCAUUGCCCUUGCCCCUGGCAUGCGUCUUCUGUUUGAAGUAGACAACCUGUCCAGAGCCAGCCCAGCUACUGUCAGUAGAUGUGCUAUGGUUUACAUGGAUCCUGUGGACCUUGGAUGGAAGCCCUAUGUGAAGACCUGGUUGAAUCGACUUCCGCGUGAUAUGCCAGAGUCGGGAAAGAACUUCCUGCAAGCGUUGUUUGAUGCCAGCAUGGACAAAGGGCUCGUCUUCUUGCACAAGUACCGAGAACACCAAGCUGUACAGGUUCCAGCCAUGAGCAUUGUGGGUACUUUGUGCCACAUCCUGUCGGCGUACGUCAACUUCAUCGGUGGUCAUGGAGGGUUCGGAGCUCCUGAUGAGAAAGAAAAAGAGAAGGAAAAGGAACCGUCUUCGCUUAAACCGUCGAGCCCAGAAGAUCUGAGAAAUGCGAGCCGUACAUCCUCUCGGACCACGGGGACAGGAAGCAGGGCCUCCAAGCUCAAGCGUCGUCAGACAAAACGGUUGGGCAAGACUAAAGAGGAGGCGGACACUUCUGAUGACCUUCAUGGAUCCAAGCAAAAGAACUCUGACAGAAAGAUGUUCUUCCUGGAGCGACACCCCACUCAGCUGACCAACCUGCUGGGCAAGCUGUUCGUGUUUGCCUACACUUGGAGUGUCGGGGGCGUGCUCAAACGACGAGAGUUCAUGGAGGAAGAUGACAGCAGCAUUAAGCGAGCUGGGGCUGGGGCUGCGGAGCGUCUCGACGUCAACAACGAGUUUGACAACUUUGCCAGAGAACUGUUUGAUGUGGAGCCCCCUCUGGGUGUAAGGCUGCCAGCCGGCAACCGCAGCAUCUAUGGCUACUUUGUGGACAUGGAGGCCGGCAACUUUGUUCCCUGGGAUGUCCUCAUUCCCAGCACUAAGUCCAUGAUAGAGAAGGGAGCUGUGAUCACUAUUGGUGAGACUCUUGGCGUGGCCUCGGACAAGAAGAAACAGGAGCUGAAGGAGGCAGAAAUUAUUCCCACAGUGGACAUCAUCCGGUUCUCCUUUCUGACCAGUCUCAUGCUGCUCAACAAACAGCCGGUGCUGCUGGCAGGAGAGUCUGGUGUUGGGAAGACAGCCAUCAUCAACCACAUGUUGAAAGAACUCGAGAGAGACGGAGGCACAUCGAUGGAGAAGACAUCCACCAUCUUGGGUGCUGUGCUGCAGUAUUCAGAAAAGCAAUCAACUCUACUGGAAAACAUCAGUAGCUUGACCUCCUUUCAGGCUGAUGAUGAUGACAAAACUAUGGACCUUUUGCUUGGUGCUAAGGGCAGGCUGGCGGGAAUUGUCAGCACGAUGAUUCAGUGCAGUGCGCAGACCACAUCCAAAAGGCUCCAGGCUCAGAUUAUGUUGAAGCUGAUCAAGAAAAGUCGCACAUCGAUGGGAGCACCGAAAGGCAGAAAGCUUGUUCACACUGCCACAGCCUUCCACCAAGUCUCUGCAGCACAUCUACCAGGUGCAGCUGGGACGUUUCCUCCAGGACGGCGAGUUCAUGCCGGAAGUGAUGGACUGUCUCUUCCCCCUUGUGUCCGCCAGCAUUGCCGUCUACUACCACAUGUGUGUGGUGAUGCUGCCCACUCCGACCAAGUCACAUUACACUUUCAACAUUCGGGAUUUGUCAAAGGUGAUACAAGGUCUCCUGCAAGCCCAUGACACAGUGGUGAUGGGCAAAGACAACUGUGCACAGCUCUUUGCACACGAGACGACACGUGUGUUCCACGAUCGACUGAUCAACACAGAAGACAGACAGACCUUCUUCCAGAUUCUCUCUGAAACAUUGCAUGAUUAUUUCAAGGUGCGUUGGACUCCACAGAAGCUGGUGGAGGAGUCUGUUGUGUUUGGAGAUUUCUUUGACAUGAACGAUCACAGCAACCAGCAGCGAGUGUACCGCCCGCUGGCUGACCAGAGUAAACUUGUACGUGUGUUGGAGGAGUACAACAUGAGGAUGAGUGCCGGAGAACAGAAAGAACAGCUGGUUUUCUUCAAAGAUGCCGUGGAGCAUGUGGUGCGAGCUGCGCGAGUGUUCCGACAGCCGGGAGGUCACCUCAUGCUGGUUGGACUUGAUGGCACAGGUAAAUCAACCAUCAUCCAUUUGGCCAGUUUCAUCGGCAACUGUGAGAUGUUCCGCCUCAAGCUUCACAACCAGUAUGGCAUGGCUGAGUUCCGCGACGACCUCAAAGUUCUGUUUGUUAGGGCAGGGGUCAAGGGCAUCCCAACAGUGUUCCUGCUGACGGAUUCAGACAUUGUUAAGGAAUCCUUUUUAGAGGAUAUCAACUGCAUUCUCAACUCAGGAGAAGUGCCAGAUUUGUUUGACAAUGAGGAGCUUGACGGCAUCACCAUGGAGCUGAAGUCUGCUGCCAGUGAGGCAGGUGUGCCGGACACACGUGCGUCCGUGUACGGAUUCUUCAUCCAGCGGAUUAGGCAGAAGCUUCAUGUAGUGCUUACUAUGAGUCCUGCUGGGGAUAUAUUUCGGCAACGAUGCCGCAUGAACCCAGCUCUAAUCAACUGCUGCACCAUUGACUGGUUUGAUGAGUGGACAGAUGAGGCUAUGCUGAGCGUGGCCGAAGUUUUCUUUGCUGAUGUGGAGUUCAUAGCAGAUGAGGCUCGCUAUGAUAAGGAAGCUCUGAAAGACAAGGUGGCUCAGAUCUGUGUGGACAUUCACAAGAGCAUUGCUUCCAUGAGUGUGCGGUUCUGGGAGGAAGCCCGCAGACGCUACUACUCCACUCCUAGCUCUUACAUGGAACUUAUCAAGCUGUAUUCCAAGAUGCUAAAGGACAAUAAACGAGAGUUUAUGAGCAACAGGGACCGGCUCCAGAAUGGUUUGACCACUCUGUCCAAUGCAUACUCUAUGGUUGGAGUUAUGCAAGAUGAGCUUCGAAGCCUGGGUCCUAUCAUUGUGCAGAAGACGAAGGACACAGAGCUAUUGCUGAAGCAGCUGGAGGAAGACCAGCAAGCUGUGGAGGAAGUACAGGAGAUUGUCUCUCAAGAGGAAGCCAUCAUGGCCAAAGAAACUCAAAUUGUGCAGGACUAUGCUGAUGAGUGUGAAAGUGAUCUGGCCUCUGUUUUGCCAGUUUUGCAAGCAGCUAUAGCAUCUUUGGAGACUUUGGAUAAAGCCUCAAUAUCUGAAAUUAGGGUGUACACCAAACCACCACAGCUGGUUGCCACGGUGAUCGCUGCUGUUUGCGUCCUGUUCCAAAAGAAGCCAGACUGGUCCUCGGGCAAACUGUUUCUGGGUGACCCACAGUUUCUGAAAAUGCUCCUCAACUUUGACCGCAACAACCAGCCAGACAAGGUUUAUACAAGGCUCAAAAAGUACACCAAGGAUCCAAACUUCAACCCUGAAGCUGUAGGCAAAGUGUCUCUGGCCUGCAAAUGCAUCUGCAGUUGGGUAUUGGCCAUAGACAACUAUAACACAGUUUACAAGAUGGUCAAGCCAAAGCAGAGACGGGUGCAAGACGCCAAAGAAGCACUGAAACUGGCCCAGGAUAGUUUAGCUAAGAAGCAAGCUAGUCUGAGGAAGAUCCAAACUCAUCUGGAGCUGAUCCAAAAGCAGUACCAGGACAGCGUGAACCAGAAAGAGGCACUCAUUGAGAGGCAGCAUGUCACAGGUCUGCGUCUCCAGAGAGCCGGGGUUCUCAUCAGUGCCCUUGCUGAUGAAGAGGUCCGAUGGUCACAGUCUGUCAAGUUUCUGGACAUGAAACUGGAGGGAAUCGUUGGAGACACAUUGGUAGGGGCAGCGUCUGUUGCCUAUCUGGGUGCAUUCACUGCCCAUUAUCGCCACCUCCUGCUAGAUACCUGGGUCAGCAUGUGCAAAGAUACGGAAGUGCCCGUUUCGAAAGACUUUGACCUCAUCCGCAGUAUGGUGGAUGCUAAUCAGGUCAUGAAAUGGCACAACAAUGGACUCCCACGUGACAAACUGUCUACGGAAAAUGCUACUUUUGUCAGUCGUGCUCGGAAAUGGCCACUUUUUAUUGAUCCUCAGGGUCAGGCUGGCAGAUGGAUUCGUGAGAAGGAAGGCAGUAAACUGAAGACAGUGCUGGCGGUGGACACCAAUUUGAUGCGCACAAUUGAGACUGCUAUCAAAGUUGGUGAUGCAGUCCUGCUCAAGGAUCUAGGUGAAGAGCUGGAUCCAGCGCUGAGACCUGUGCUCUUACAUGAAACUAUCAGGAAAGGUGGACAAAUGGUGAUGAAGAUUGGAGAUGUGGAAAUAGAAUAUAACCAGAACUUUAGGCUGUACCUGUCCACAUCCUUGGCCAAUCCUCAUUACCUGCCGAGCAUUUACCUGCAAGUGAACAUCAUCAACUUCACAGUCACGUUUGACGGGCUGCAAGAACAGUUGCUGUCUGCUGUGGUCCAUCAGGAGCGCCCAAUACUGGAGAAACAGCGCACAGAACUGCUGGAGAGUAUCGCCAAUGACAGACAGACUCUGAGAGACUUGGAGGACAAGUCCUUGUCAAUGCUGCAGAGUAGUGAAGGAGAUGAAGAUUCAGUGGCAGGCCACUUGUUGGAUGAUCAGGAUCUGAUUGUGACCCUGGAACAGAGCAAGGACAAGUCACAAGAAAUCUACAAACGAGUAGCAGAAUCGGAAGAGACGGAGAAAAGUCUAAAUUUAGCACGGAAACGUUAUCUGCCAGUUGCCACUCGAGGUUCUGUCCUGUACUUCGUCAUUGCGGAGCUGGCCAAUGUGGACGUGAUGUAUCAGUACUCCCUCACCUGGUUCCAGGGCAUGUUUGCCACCUGCAUCUCUGACAGCAGCCAUGAGUCAGAUGACAACGCCAGCAUCAGCUCCUCCUCCAGCCAGGCCUUUGCUAGUGGUGUCCUCCGCCCCUCUAGCGCCCGGAGCAUCAAGUCCAUGCAUAAUGAUAAAGAUAAAGAAGAAGCAGAGACUCAGCCUGUACAGCUGGCCCUGAGUGUCCCUGGAGACAAGCAGGAGCUGAUGGCUCACCUGAGGGGCAUGAUUGACCGACUGACCUACAACAUCUACCGAAUCGUCUCCGUGGGCCUCUUCUCCAACCAUCAGCUCAUCUAUUCCUUCAUGCUGUGCUCCAGCAUCAUGCAGGCCAACAAUAAGUUUGUGGAUGAAACUACAGAGAUGGAAGCUAUUCAGGAGAAUGAAUGGCAGAUUUUCCUUCAAGGAAACAUCGCUGCUGCUCGUAUGAUAGACAAGACCGUCCACAAACAGGAGAGUUCUGAAGAAGAGGCAAACAGCGGUGAAGAAACGUCUGCCAAACCUCCCUCUGUCAACUCCAGCGAAUCCGAAGAGAAGCCGUCGACUGAAGCAGAACAUCCCCCACACCCUAGCUGGGUCACAGAGUCCGAGUGGCGCCAGUGCCAGUAUCUUGAGGCAACGAUUCCCAGCUUUGACCUGUUGUGCCGCAGUCUUUGUACCAACACAGAGCAGUGGCAGCUGUUCAAGUCUUCUGAGGAUCCGUUUUUCCUCAUGGAGCAGCCAUUUGUACAUGGUCCAGAUGCUGACAAAUCAUCACCAAUAUUUCCAUGGGAAGGACUGACAAAAUUCCAAAGGUUGAUAUUGAUUAAGACAUUGCGUCUUGAGGUCACACCUUCUGCUGUUUCUCAAUUCAUUCGAGAUCAGCUUGGUGCCAGAUACCUGUCAACAGGAACUUUUGACCUGAAGGAGAUCUAUCGUGAGUCCAUGGCCAAGGCUCCUCUUAUCUUCAUACUGUCUCCAGGAGAAGGUUGUGACCCAUCCAGUCAGCUGCUUCGAUUUGCCAAAGAACUAAGGGGCAGUACCCUUCACCUGGAUAUGAUUUCUCUGGGUAGAGGUCAGGGUCCCAAGGCUGAAGAGCUCAUAUCCAAGGCACAGAUCCUCAAGGGACGAUGGGUGUUCUUGCAGAAUUGUCACCUGGCUGCCUCUUGGAUGCCCAAACUUCAGAGCAUUGUAGAGAAAUUUAACCAGCCCAAUGAAGAGAAUCUGGACCCACAGUUCAGACUGUGGCUGAGCUCUCGGCCCGAUCCCUCCUUCCCUGUCUCCAUCCUCCAGACUGGAAUCAAGAUGACUGUUGAGUCUCCUCAAGGCCUGAAGGCAAAUCUCCUCCGCACAUUCGGCAGUUCAGGAGCUGGUGUGGUCACGGAGAAGCUCUAUGAUGAAGGCUCUAGCAAGCCUGGCUGGCGACCACUGCUCUAUGGCCUGUGCCUGUUUAACAGUGUCAUCCAUGAGAGGAAGAGAUACGGGACCCUUGGAUGGAAUAUUCCUUACGAGUUCAACGACUCUGAUCUUGAGGUAGCUAUUUUGAAGCUGCAGAUGUUGCUGGAAGUGGAUGAACAGGAGGAUGUGCCUUGGGCAGCACUCAAUUAUCUCACUGGACAGGUCACUUAUGGUGGUCGUGUCACGGAUGACCUAGAUCGCCGUUGUCUCAUCUCCCUCCUGAACAAGUUUUACUGCCCAGGCCUGUUCCAGGCAGACUUCUCAUAUGACUCAAAUCACAUGUAUCAACCAGUCCCUGAAACUUUGAAUUUCAACUCUGUGAUCUCCUUCGUGGAAGAGCUGCCAGAUUAUGACACCCCAGACAUCUUUGGCAUGACGGAGAAUGCUGAGAAGGCGUGCAGAGAGUUUCAGGCCAACAACAUUGUGGAGACAGUGAUCUGCAUGCAGCCCAGAAUGACGACAGGUCUCACAGGGUCACAGAAAAGCAGCGAUGCCGUGGUGCUAGACAUUGCGUCAGACAUCGCUGUGAAACUGCCACGUUGUGUGGAGGAUGACUCGGAGUCCCCGGACCCAGCACUUUUGGAACCACAGAGAUCUCUGAAGGCUAUUUUACAAAAGGAUGUGGAAACCAGAGGCUUGGAUAAAGAGAAAAUAAAAAUCCUGGAAAACCUUACGUCGGAGCUGACCGGCAACUCGGCCCUGCUGACCGUUCUCAGACAGGAGAUUGACCGGUUCAACCAGCUGCUGGGCAUCAUCCACAGCUCCCUGAACUUGCUGAGUCUGGCCGUGAAGGGGGAGAUCGUCAUGUCUGAGCCAUUGGAGGAGGCCUACCAGGCUAUCCUGACCCAGCACGUGCCGUCGCAGUGGAAGAAUGCUGCCUAUGAAUCUACCAAGCCUUUGGCUUCAUGGGUGACAGACUUGCAGAACAGAGUCAAGUUCUUCUACAACUGGGCCAAGCUGCUGUCUUCCACCAUUGAGAGGAAGUUCCGCCAGAUUGUGCGCAACUUGAAAGAAGUUGAGGGUGAAUGGGAUGGUCCGCCUGUCACUACCCCGACCAGCUUCUGGUUACCAGCUUUCUUCUUCCCACAAGGUUUCCUGACUGCCAUUCUUCAGAACCAUGCCAGGAAAAUGUCCAUUUCCGUUGAUUCGCUCUCGUUCCGGUUCACGGUUGUGAAGGAGAUCUCGGAGUCUUCCAGUGAGCACAGUGGGGAUAGAAGUAGCUCCCGAGCCUCCAGUGCUAAAGAAGCUGCUUUCAGCGGCGCAUCACCAGAGGAUGGGGUUCUCAUCAAUGGCCUUUACCUCGAUGGUGCUCGCUGGGACCCCGUCAGCCACUCUCUUCAGGACUGUGCCACAGACAGCCGAUUCUGCAGCGUACCCGAAAUACACUUUGAGCCUGUGGAGAACCGUGACAUUGUGUCUGCCUCCACUCGGGAAAGAACCAUAGAAGAACUACCCAGCCAGUCUCAGAAACAGACAAAGAAUGCACCAAAGCCAGAGAAGGUUUCCUACGAGUGUCCACUAUACCGGACGUCAGAAAGAGCAGGAACUCUCUCAUCAACAGGUCACUCCACAAACUUUGUCACUUCUGUGAAUUUGCCUUCAGAGCAGCCAGAGGACUUCUGGAUUCUCAGAGGCGUGGCUAUGGUUUGUCAGCUGGAUGAGUAGAAUACAUGUGUGAGGAUUGUAAAGCAAAGACUGAGAGAAUGAUGUAUGCAUGCAUGAAGGAUAAUUUGAUAACAACAGCAUGACUUUAUCUUAAAAGACUAGGCUUAUACUCUUCACUAUCACAUAGUUCUGUUCAGAGUACAUCGAAAGAUUGCCUAUCUGCAUUUCUAUGCUACCAAAAGAUUGGCCACUGUAUUUCACAGAGUAAUAUUCUGAUACAUUCAUUAAUUAUUUAAUGUCAAUUUUCAGUGUGUCAUAUAACUUUUCAAACCAACUAUGAUAUUUGUCUAGUAUCAAAGUUCAUACAGUCAUGUGUGUACAUAACAUAGUAAUAGUUUCAGCCAGCCCUUGAUAAAUGAGGGUUUGGUUUCAACCAAAUCUAUCUUUAUACCAUCAUCACAUCUUUUACAAUGUGUGAAUCAUUCCGUGCUAGUUUUUGUCUCAUUAUGAUUGAGCAUCAGUGUUAGUCUUUGAUUGAGAAAUUAGCAGAGAGCAAUUUUUUGUUCAGUGUCCAUAGUUGCAUAUUUGCAAGAUAAUGCAUUCCAAUUAAUUACAAAUUGCACCAGAUGCUGGUGAUUUUUCAUUUGACAAACUGAAAAUCAAAAUAUCAACAGCAUGGUUGAACGAGGUGUAAAGGUGAACCCAUUAUCAAAUAACCAAAUGUUAAGCCUGCUUCUGGUCUGAUCAGAUGAAAAAGAGCACUAUGAAGUACAAGAGAACAUUAUUAUGUGAAGUACAUUACAUGAAGUAUGAGCUCUCACUUAAUCUGCACGGCAGGGGUGUGUUGUCAGUUUCACAACUGCAGUAUUUUUUGUUGUUGUUGCCAUAGAGCAGGUACUUUUUAAAACAUAAAAAAGUACAUAUCAUUAUGCCUCUAGCAAUCAAAUUUUGAUUUACUUGUGACCAUGUUUUUAUAUUAUGUAUUUAAAAACCAGUGCUUUUGCCACUCAGAGAAUUAGGCAUGUCAUGUAAUACAACUGCAACUUCCAUAUUAUGGUUUUGUGACAAUGUUUUAUGGGCUCACAUUAAACAUGAUUUAUAUAUAUGGCAUAUCACAGAAUGUGAGACUAGACAGUCACAGGAAAAAGUGUUGGUUAUGUUACCUUGUGUGAUAAAUGUUUGAGAUUAUUUCUCAUUAUAUAAUUAAUGUAGAUCUAAUGAUUAUUCAGCCCUUGCAUUGAUGUAAUCAAAACUAUGUCCGUCCGUGGUUAGCAAUGUACACAUCUUACUUCACACCACAAAAGUAUACUGUGAUAGAUUACAAGAUCAAUUUUCAUCUGCUGCUGUUCACAAGUAUUUGUUUAUAAUAUUUCAAUUACAAUAAAUAGUAUUAUCAACUGCGGAGCAUUUGUCAAAACUGGUGUCCAGGGAAAGAGCAUCAGAAAAACUAGUUAAACCCUGAUGACACAGACUUCACACGACCACAGAAUUUCACGUUAAAGGAAGUUGCGAUGCAUAGAGUACAAAGGUAGAAAUAAAAUCUGGAGAUUUUUAAAUCCUUUUGUGGUAUCAGGAAUUUCAUGUUAAUUUCAGGAACUGGCUGCCUUAUUGUUCUUGCAUUUAGCUUAAUUUUCUAGCAGUACUGCACCAUUUGGCACUAUUGGAAAGUGACUGUUCCUGUUAAACUGAAAUCUCGCAUAUUUAAAUAUUAUGUAAAAAGCAAAUUUAAAAAAAAAGAAAAGAUUGUAAACAAUGAUCAAUGUGAUGUUCUAAAGUGGAGCCAAGUGCACUGCAAUAAGAAAAUAAACCCUUCCCUCUGUUCUGUGCUGUGGAAAGCAUAGUAAAUAUUACUUUUUGUGAAUUUUGUAAAAUCAGUGUGACUUUGACAAAAGGCUUUUCCACUUGAGAAGUUUAAUCACACAUAAAGAAAAUCAAAUACUAACACAACCCUGGACCCACUUUUGACAAUGCUCUUGCAAUUGCUUCUUAUGUUUUGUACCUUGUUGUUCUGUAUUGCCAUGAGUGUUUUUUUGUAUUUUUCAUAAUUCAAGACUGCUGCUGAUACUGAUUUGAAACUGCUGCUGAUUUAUUUACAGUACGGUACCUGUUCUCUACAACAGACAUGGCUUGAUAAGUCAAAUGUUUUCACGAGUAGAUUUUCAUCGUACUUGUGAUACAAAUCAACUUUAAUAAACCCACUCUUGAAAAUGAAAA